AUGAAGGAUAAUAAAAUCACGAACCCCUCAUCCAUAGACUGGAGAAAUACCACCUCUCCUGCUCAAAAAUCAGCAAAGUUAGGUAAACCAUACUUAUACUCCGUGGAAAAUUACAAUGAGACCUCUACAGACUUCAUCCUCCUUGGCCUGUUUCCCCCACCAAGCCUUGGCCUUUUCCUCUUCAUUCUCACUAUCUUUAUCUUCCUGAUGGCCCUGGCUGACAAUCUAUGCAUGGUCCUGCUCAUCCUCCUGGAUGCCCAGCUCCACAAACCCAUGUACUUCCUGCUCAACCAGCUCUCUUUCAUGGAUCUCUUUUACAUCUGUACCACUGUUCCCCAGAUGGCUUCUUGUAUCCUCUUUGGAAACAAGUCCAUCUCCUUCACUGGGUGUGGGGUGCAGAGUUUCUUCUUCCUGACCUUAGCAGGUUCAGAAGGACUGAUCCUGAUGUCUAUGUCCUAUGACCAUUAUGUGGCUAUUUGCUUCCCUAUGAACUACCCCAUCCACGUGAACAGAAGCGUGUGUGUGCUCAUGAUCCUGGGAUCCUGGGCAAUGGGUGCUGUCAACUGCUGUCCUUACACAGUCUAUGUCCUCCAUAUUCCUUACUGCAGGUCCAGAGCCAUCAAUUAUUUCUUCUGCAAUGUCCUAGCCAUGCUGACUCUGGCCAGUAGGGCCAACAGAAUCCAUGAGUAUGCUGUUUUUCUGAGCACCACCAUCUUUCUCCUGUUCCCUUCCCUUGUUAUCUUGGGUUCCUAUGGCAAAGUGCUCCUUGCUGUCUACCACAUGUGCUCAUGGGAAGGCAGGAACAAGGCCUAUUCCAAUUGCAACACCUGCCUCACUGUGGUGACUUUCUACAUUGCACCCUUUGCUUACACUUAUCUCUGCCCAAAGGCCUACUGGUCUCCAGCAGAGGACAAGAUGGUGGCUGUCUUCUACACCAUCCUCACCCCAGUGCUCAACCCUGUGAUCUACAGCCUGAGGAACAAGGAGAUGCUGGGGUCACUGGGAAGAGUGACUCAGAAAAUCUCCUCUCUGAAAAUGUAG